AUGGAAAAUACAGAGCUUCUCCAAAUUGAACCUUCUCUGCUCAGAUUUCACUUUCAAUUGAAGGAACAGAGUUCUUGUUCUGUUCAUCUUGUAAACAAGACCACUGACUAUGUUGCCUUUAAGGUUUUAACAAAUUCACCUAAGAAAUACUACGUCAAACCAAACAAGGGGAUCAUCAAGCCACAUGGAACGUGUGAAGUUACUGUAACCAUGCAAUCUCAGCCCACGGCUCUCUUUGAUUUCCAAUUUAAAGACAAAUUCCUCAUUCAAAGUGCAGUUGCUUCGUCAGAUGACAUCUUAUCGAAAAAUAGUGACAAUAAGCUUGUUGAAAAGAAGAUGUUGAGGGUAUCAUUGCUUCCACCAAACCGGGAUUUGAAGCAGGAUGAUCGAAUUCAAGUAGGGAUGACAACGGGUUGGUUUAAAACAACGAAUCCUAACAAUUUCUGCGUCAUACCAAACAUCGGCAUCAUUGCACCACAAGGAACGUGUGAUGUUACUGUAACCAUGCAAGCUCAGUAUACAGCUCCGCUUGAUUUUCAAUUCAAAAACAAAUUCCUCAUUCAAAGCACUGUUGCUUCCCCAGAUGACAUCUUUUCGAAAAAUAGUGGCGGCAAUAAGCAUGUUGAGGAGAAGAAGCUGAGGGCAGUGUUGCUUGUUCCACCAUAUGAUGAAAUCAAGCGAAUUGGUUCAGAUCAGUCCCCUUUGACAUGGUCGACGAGGAUAAUAGAACCGAUAAGGAUAUUAUUCAUGAAGCAUCAAAAUGAUAAUGCUGCACAACAACUAAGCUUGGCAAAGAAUAUUGAGGAACUGAAGAAGGAUGUUGAAGAAAUGAAGUCAAAGAUGAGUGUAAUGGAUUUAAAACUAAGAGAGAUGGAAGCAAAGAACAGAACGAUCUCAUCAUUUGCAAGCUGA